AUGGAUAAUUUCAAUACAAGUGGUUUUCUUCUUAUGGGGUUUUCUACUAAGUCGGAGCUAGAAGUUUUUUAUGCCUCUGUAUUCUUCGUCUUAUACUUAGUGGCUUUAACUGGCAACAUUCUCAUCAUCAGCAUUACUUCCAUGGAUGACAGUCUCAACUCCCCAAUGUACUUCUUCCUGAAACAUCUCUCAUUUUUGGAUCUUUGCUAUAUUUCUGGGAUUGUACCAAAAUUCAUUUACAACUCUUUGAUGCAGAGUAGAAGCAUUUUCUUCUGGGAAUGUGUAUUUCAGUGCUUUGUUUUCUCAGUCUGUGCUUCUGUCGAGCUGCCAAUGCUCACGGUGAUGUCCUAUGACCACUACGUGCCCAUCUGCCUUCCACUGCGCUAUGACAUCAUCAUGAAUGUCAGAACCUGUAUCCAUGGAGUCGUUGGUGUCUGGGUCGGUGGGACCAUCUCUGGAGUCAUGCACACAGCAGCUACUUUCUCCAUCCACUUCUGUGGCCCCAGGGUCAUCCACCAGUUCUUCUGUGACAUCCCCCAGAUCCUGAAACUCUCUUGCUCCAGUGAGUUUAAAAAUGAGAUCAAUGUUACCGUCUUCACAUUUUUGUUGUCAUUUGGCUGUGUCAUCUUUAUUGGAUUCUCCUACGUGCACAUAUUUUCCACUGUCUUGAGAAUGCCAUCUGCGGAGGGCAGAGCCAAGGCCUUUUCCACUUGUCUCCCCCACCUUGUUGUCGUCGAAUUAUUUAUUACUACUGGAACCUUUGAGUUUUUGAAGCCCCAUUCAGACACCCCAACAGCGCUGGACAUUUUGCUCACUAUACUGUACACAGUUGUUCCCCCAACGUUCAAUCCAAUGAUCUACAGCUUGAGAAAUAAAGUCAUCAAAACAGCCAUAAGAAAGGUUUUUCAGAGAAAAUAA